GAAAUGGAAGCCCAUUUUUGCAAGUGAUGAAAGCCUUCUUCUUCUUCGUCUUCCUUUCUCCGUUUUCUCUCAAUUUUCAAGGUCCAGUGAGAGGCAAAGAGAGGAGCCAUUUGAGGCUCUGAAAUGUAUGUGAUAUUUUGGAAUCUGCUUAUCGACGGCGAGAAAGUAACCGUGCGGGAGUGGGAGAAGGAGAGAUAAAUUAUUCAAAAAGAAAAAAUAAAAAAAUAAAAAAAGUUUCAAAUUAUCAAAAAUUCAAAUCCAUUCACAUCUUUUAUCCAAAUCCAAAUCAACUUUUCUCGGAUUUCCAUAUCUUCAACGGAAGAGAUAUCAACAAGUAUAAGAAGAACGAUCCGAAAUCCAGGUAAGCUUAAAUCUCUGUUCAAUUCUUAUUUUGAGAUUCAAUUAGAGAAAAUACCUUGCGGAUCUUGUUUCGAUUCUGAAUUUCUGUAAGUAGACAACAAUGGCGGCGAAGGUGAUCUCCGGCAAGGAACAGACGGCACCGGUGACGCAACACAACGGUCAAGUAAUCGACGUGGAGUCUGUAAAAUGCGAGUGCUGUGGAUUGACGGAGGAAUGUACUCCGGCGUACAUCAGCCGUGUGCGGGAGCGGUACGAAGGGCGUUGGAUUUGUGGACUCUGUGCGGAGGCGGUGAAAGACGAAUCUCUCAGAUCUCAGAGCAAAAUCACCACCGGUGAAGCUGUGAAGAGACAUAUGAAGUUUCACAAAGCUUUUAAAUCUUCAAUUCCUCCUCUGAAUCCGACGGAGGAUUUGAUUUCGGCUAUGAAACAGCUUCUCCGACGAUCGCUGGACUCUCCGAAGAAGGAAGCUUCACGAUCGCUUGGCCGUUCAAAUAGCUGUUUCUCCGCCAUCCCGGGCCGGCGAAAUCAUUAUGAUUAGACGCCGGCCGUCGUUCACGGCGGUUAAGAUGAAAAUAAAUAAUAUGUUAGGUUUAAACCUCGGAUGUAAAUUUUUUUGCUGGGCCUUUUUUUUUCUUCUUCUUCUUCUUCUUCUUCUUCUUUUAAUAAUUAAUUUAGGAUUCUGUUGCUUAUUUUAUUAUUGAGAAAAAAUCUCGUAUUGAUGAGUGAUCUCAAACGAGAUUUGAAUUUUGCAGUUGCAUGGCUACAUGUAUCCUUUACUCGAUCUUAGAUUCUUGGGUAUGGUUGUUCUUUAAUAUUAAGUAAUGCAUUAUUUGACAAAA